AUGGUUAUGAAUGAGGCAGAUGGACUACAUGAAGUUCUGAAAAAGCUUAGCACAGACAUGGUAACAGAAGAAAAAGAAAGACUUCAAGAAGAAAUAGGCAAGUUUGUGAAGGAGUUUCCUGGGAUGAAAUCAGAGCUUGAGGAGUGCAUAAGAAAGCUUCAUGUCCUUGCAAAACAUGUUGGCAAGGUACACAAGGACUGCACCAUCUCCAACAUAGUGGUGGAAUCAACUAACAUCGUCUCUGGUGUCCUGUUCUUCCUUGGUCUGUUUCUGGCACCUGUGUCAGCAGGGUUUAGUAUGGGACUCUCAGCAGCUGGGAUAGGGCUGGGAGCAGUGGCCAAUGUCACUGGUAUUACCACUACCAUUGUGGACGAGUCAAGCAAGUUGUCUGCAAAAUAUGAAGCCAAACAGCUGCUGUCAUCUGGCCUCAGCACACUGGAGACCGUGGAGGCUUUGUGUAAGAAAAUACCCAGAGCUCUUUCUGUCACAAAGAAGUAUGUGAAGAGCUGGGACGUCAUUGCAAAGCACAUACAUGCCAUCAAAGUAGCCAGAAUCAACCCGCUCCUAGUAGAUCAAGCCAGACAUCACACCACCACUGGAAACAUAUCAAUCCAGAGUAAGAAGCAGGUGCAGGAAACUUUUAAAGGCACUGCUUUGGCAAUGACCAAAGGAGCCCGGCUCAUGGGCAUGGCCACCACAGGCGUCUCCAUUCUGAGUGGUGUGAUCAGCCUUGUGACAGAGUCAAAGCACUUGUGGGAGGGAGCAAAUGAGGAGUUAGCUAACACACUGAAGCAGCUGGCUGAUGAGUUGGAGAAGCAGUUAGAGAAACUCACCCAGAAACAUCAGAGUCUGCAGUCAGAAAUGACUCCGUGA